AGCAAAGUAAAAGCGAUAAGUAACCGGCAGCGCAGCUUCCUCCUACUCUCAUUGAGAAAUCACCGCAGCUAUGUCAGGACGAUCUGUCAGAGCAGAAACAAGAAGUCGGGCGAAGGAUGACAUCAAACGGGUGAUGGCCGCCAUCGAAAAAGUACGGAAAUGGGAGAAAAAAUGGGUAACUGUUGGAGAUACAUCUCUCAGGAUCUAUAAAUGGGUGCCUGUUGCAGAGCCAAAAGUGGAUGAUAUUGAUUUGAAAGUGACAGAUGAGAACUCUGGACUCCUGAGGCGGCCAAAACCCAGUGCAAAAAAGACCAAGAACAAGAAGAAGACUAAAGAUGACAAAUGUGGCUCAGAACUCACUACACCAGAAAACAGCUCAUCUCCAGGGAUGAUGGACAUGCAAGAUGAUUGUAGCAAUCAGAGUUCCAUAGCUGAUGCCUCACCUGUGAAGCAAGAAAACAGUAGUAACUGCAGCCCUGCACCUGACCAAAAUGUAUCCACACAACCUGAAGGAAGUGAAGUAAAACUGGAAGAAGGUCAUUCAAAUGCCAGUGAACAACAAGAUUCUGAAGUCUCCUCAGGACAGAAUUCACAUUCGUCAACAGAAAGCUCAUUAAACAGUUCCGAAAAGGCCGAUACGCAAACUUCUGGUGAUAAAGAUUCAACAAUGGAGGCGUCAAAAAACUCUCAGGAUUCCGAUGAUGGAACUCCACCAUGCAAAAAAGCAAAAGGAGACAGUUCUCAGCCAAAUAAUGAUGGGAUUUAGAUUAUCCUUUUUGUUUAUCUAUUUCUUUUAUUUGGGUCAGUUUACUGUAAGGUACAUCGGUUAUCUUUACAAUAGGACAGCCUUACUUAAAGCAUCUUUGGAUGAGAAUAGAACUUUUACAAUUUCAGCCUACAAAGCGAAAUCUGACAAUGCCUGGGAAGGAGGCCAGGGCUUCAGAGAAACUGAAAUAUUUUCUGUGAACGCAGAGAAACCUGUGACAGUCUUUGAAGUGGUUGAUGUGAACACUCAGGAGGGUCUACGCACUGUUUCUAUAGUCAAUUAUACAUUUGUGUUGCUGCUGUAUAUAAAUAUAUAUAAUAUUUUUUCCAUUUCUCUAUUUAACAUUUAAAAUAUUUAAAAAAAGGUACUGGUUUGGUUUUAGCCCCAUUUGAAAUUUCCAUCUCCCCACUUCUGUUUUUGUGCCUUGUAAUCCAGGAACCAACUGCAAACAGCUACUCUGUGCCAUGUGACUGAGACUCCAUUUGGUUUUAUGUUUGUUACACAUUUAAAAAGCCAUUUUCAUGUGUGGAUUAGCACAAUUACUGUGUCUCCAUUGUUAAGUGCAGUUGCCUUUAUUGCAGGUUUUUAAACAUUCCAAAAUGCUCAUCUGAGACUGUUUUAACAUUACACAUACAUUGCAAACAGUGGACCGUUGCCAGAGGUAGAACUUCUGAUAUUUUUCAAAUCCAAGCAGCUAAAACAGCAUUUACAUUUUCAAUGCAGAUUUACUGAUUACUGUAAGAAGAAUUUAAGGUCCUUAUUCCUCCUGUUCCCUAGCCGUAUCAAGUUUGUAAUAAACUUUAUUUUAUUUUUUUUUUAUUAUCUCAUUAUCCUAUUUUUGGAUGGGUUAUUUCAAAAGAGGGGCAUGAGUUACUAUUGGUGGUGACAAAUUACAGUGACAGAUGGCUGAUGAAAUAGUUAUUCAAUAUCUGUUGCCAUUCUUUUGAUGUUUGCUAAUUCUUCAGCUCGGCCCUAAACAUUGUUUGCAGGUAAAGGCUGCAGUCCCGUGUAGACUUAUUAGAUGGUUUGCUUAGCUUAUUCCCUAAAGGUUUUGGUUAGAAAAAUGCUAAAGUACAAAUAUAGUGUUAGUGUAAAUAUAAAUGUACCCAUUAUAUGAUGUAUUUUGAAUUUUUGAAAGCGUGACUAAACUGUCCUCUCCAAACCAUGAUACUUUUAGCAAACUUAAACACACUUGUGCGUGUUGUGCACUGUACUGCUGUUUUGUUUAAAGGGCUUUUAAAACCCAGAGAGAGGAAUUCUGCACAGAAAUGAUUGAGACUUGUAAGUAUAGUUCUAGAAUCUGUUCUGAUUUGUAAGCUUUCAUUUUCUUGUCCAUGUACACCUCCACAUUCCUCCAGUAACACUGACUUCCAUUUUAAAUUCUCCAUGCACCAGGCACUUUCUCCAUUUGGUGCCUUUGUGUGCAUUUUCAACCAUCUUUUGGAAGGCGGCCAUCUCUCCAUGACCCAUCUCUCUCUACACAAAACUGAUGCGCUGGCCUUAACUUUUUUCUUUUUUUUUAAUGUUAAGUUUUCUUUUGGGUCAAAUGAUUGGAUCAGCCCAAUAUUGCCCCCCUCAUGGUGCUUUUAAUCAAUUUUUUUUAUAAUAUCAAAUCUGUCAUAAUUAAUCUGGUUGCCUAGGAACAGCAUUACAUUUUAAAUUCAAAGAUUAAGAGGCAAUAAAAAUACAUUAAAAAAUAAGGCAUAUAUCCCAUGUGGUGAACACUACAGUGCAGUCAGAAUACUUGUUCUUGCCAUUCAGAAAUGCUGUUUUUGUGGUAGAUUUCCAAAUGAUGGUCACUGAUAGAGCCAGUUUCUGCUAUAGACAAAGUUAACCAUUCACUCAGAUGGCAACAGUUGUUAAAAAAAAAAGUUAUAUGCGGUUGAUGCUUGCAAAGGAUAUUUUGUUGCUCAGAAAGUUAAAUUUAAUUCCAGUAUCCAUGAAGCCCUUACAUUCAGUUUACUAAUAACGGCAUGUUCAGAAUUGCCUGAAAAUCCUCCGUUAUUACGCCAAGCACAUUUUUUUUGCAUUAGAGGAAAAUGGCUGCCACUGAUUUGAGCCCAGAACUAGAACACUAAUAUCUGAAAACUAACCAGCUGAUUUCAUAGAUCUCAUAACUAGGCUUUGGGUUAGUGUACCACUGUGGCUGCGGAUUAAUCUAACUUUUUUAAUUUGUAUAUAAAUUUUAUUGCAUGCACUUGGCAAAAUGUUUCUAACCAAAAGGAGUGCAAAUGUGACGUCUCUGUUAUCCAGAGGCAAAAAUGGCUUUCGUGAGAAAUGCCCUUACCUUUUCCUUACAUUACUAAUUAUGGUCAUGCAUACAAGGGCCUGUAGAGGAAGUAUUUUGUUUUACAAUUUUCUAUUGCAAUUUGUCAUAGAUUGAAUUAGUUGCUGCCAUGGUCUGUCUUCCCCAAAACUCGUGUCCAUGUGAUGCACAGCUGCGUAACACACCCCAGUAUCUGCACAUUUCAUGAUGGUUCUAAUGUUGCCUGGCUAGGUAUCAAAAGAGAACCAGUGCACAAAGAUUUGGGACCACAACACUCUUAAUUUACUGGUUCUGUAGAUCGUGACUCAUUAGUAAAAUAACAUAACAUUUUUUCACCUAAAAGUUACAAUCUGUGACACCACUAAAUUAAACUCACUAGCCUUGAAUUCUAAGAAUCAUGUGGUUCCUACUAACUUGUCAUUGUAUGAUCUCACACUCUAGUCUAAUGCAUUAAAGUGAUACCAAUACUGAAAGCAGUGGUCUCCUCUAUAUCUGUGUGCACUUUGCUGUAGUGAAACUUUAGCCCUUAUUCUCAAGCCUAGAUAACGCUUUGGGGUCUGGAAAGCAUAGUCACACACGUACUAUUACAUGGUGCCUAUAAAGGACAGGCAAGAUCUCUGGUAAUUACAAAGGGCAAAACAUUUAUGCUUCCGUUAUCAGGAAUAUAAAAUAUAGGUAUGGAAAAGCAUUUGACUUUGCUGGCAUAAUUAUAAGGCAUUGUUUUUAUUACCAGAGUUAAACGUGAAGAAAUGCUUGUUUAAAUACAUUCGAAAAGGACUGCCAGAAUUAGCAAUGACGCACUGAAGCUCAUUUAACACUACUGCAAAUGUAUCUUAUGUAGAUGCACAAGCUUCACUGAAUGGCUUGUGAUGUUUUUAGGUACAGAUUUUUUAAGUAGAGAAAAUGGCACAGGUUAACUAUCAUGCCAUUAAUGUCACAUACCUGUACAAGUGAUAUAAGCCUUAAAAGAGAAGGAAAGACAUUUUUACUUGAGAUGCCAAAAGUUAGGUAAGUAGACAAAAUUACUUGGGGUGCCUGACACCGUGGGCUGGUGCUCCUAUCAGGAGAAAACUGCACCGGCCCCGGGUUAUUCCAUCGAGCAUCAUGGAGUGAUCCUCUUACGUCUUCUUUCUUUAAUAUUUCCCAGGGCAGACGCAUGCUCAGUAGAGCAAAAUAUCCGGCUUUUUUUUUUUUCCAUUACACAUUGCACAUGUGAAAGAAGAAGCAGGAAGAGAAUCGCGCCACGGGGGUUGCUGGAAGAAACCCCGGGCUGGUGCAUUUUUCUGCAGAUAGAAGCACAGGGUUUCAGAUAAGGAAAUACAAUCAGUUGGGGUGCCUAACUCUUGGCACCCCCAAGUAUAAGAUAACUUUCCUGCUUUAAUCAGUGAACAGGCUAUUUACACUGCAGCAAAAAGUUCUUUACCUGCUUUAUAUUGAAUAGUGUGCUUCUAAAGGAUAUAUUUCUGCAAUGGUUUCCAUUUAAGUAGGUUACAAAUGAACUGUUUUAUACUGCAGCAGGAGUGUAAACCGUACAGAACAAUUCUGCAACAGUCUAAAUCAAUUCACCCUUGGAUACAAUUAUCAUCAUCAUAAAGAUAAAUUAGGUGGUUGUGUAUAUUGCAAUUACUUUCUUAUGUGCUAAUGCCUUCCCUCAACCACGCAACUUAAGUCAAUGGGGUCCAUAUUAAGGGCUUCAGAUCACACUUUUUAUACUUUGCAGUCAAGUUUCCAAAAAACUCAUCCCACAGAAUGCCCAACGGUUUCAUGCCCUUUGAGGCAAGUCUUUAGUCUGUAGUAUGUUUUUGCAGUGCCCUAGCAGAAUGGAUGGACUGCUCAUAAUGUAUGUUUCUGUUCCAGUGGCAAGCGCUAUAGCAGCCCUUUGCAACGAAGGAACAUCAUUUUGGUUUAGGCUUGUGUGUAUCUGCAUCAGAAGGACUCUGUUUUUAAUGUUUUGAUUGCAUUAUUUUUGUCCCGUUUCCAUGUAUGAUUAAUAAAUAUUUAAAUUUAGGCGUUAAAAA